AACUUCUACCUCCUAUGUCAGCUUUAGCCACUGAAAAGAAAUAAGGGGAGAAAUUAGGUCAGUUGAAAAAGCUGAUCAGUGUGACGUGGAACUGAUCGAGCUCAUUAUUAUUCAUGAGCUCUCCCACUUGAGGCCGCGCCCACAGAUUUCGUUCAGCUGUGAGUUUUCUAUACCGCAAGGAUGGCUGAACGUCAACGUGCUUGUGCCCUAUGCAGGAAUAGAGGUUCAACUAUGCACAUGUUGCCCAAGAACCCAGAAUUAAGAAUGAAAUGGCUUCAGUUCAUUUUUGGAACAAUGCCAAACCAUGAUCAUUCCAAUGUAUUUAUAUGUUCAUCACAUUUUGAAGAGAGUGACUUCAUAAACUUCGGGGAGUUCAGCAAAGGCUUCACGACACGGUUGCGGUUGAAGCCUGGAGCAGUACCAUCGCGGCAGUCUACGGCCAGUGUCCAGCCUAGCACAUCGGGGACAUCUUUCAGCCAUGCAUUUUCACAAACAGACCCACCUAAUCUGUCAUCUCGGGGGACUCAGCUCUCAAUGGGUACUCUACGACAUCAUGUCAAAAGCAGAGGAACACAAACUACUGGCUGUUCUGAAAGUGUGAACAUUGGCACAACUACAGCAGAUGCACCUUGGGGACCUCUGACCUCCACGCCAAUCAAGGUAGCACAUCCAAGGCCAGCUAAAAGAAUACGGUUAGAAGAAGAGGAGGAAUAUGACACCAGUCAUUCUACAAUCAUCCCAGAACCACAUGACUCAACAUAUGACCCAGCUAACUCUAUGACAGAUGUCACUGAUGUGACAGACAUGACAGAUUCAUCACAGCUAUUUGACACAACUAGAUCUGGCUACAAGGACUCCAAGUUCAUUGUUUUUGAGAAGUGCCUGCUGGAGCUUUUUGAAACCUGUCCCAUAUGUAAACGGGUAUCUGAUGUGAGGCCACGCAGACGCGGCACCUUCUUGGCAGUUGACCAGAUUUGUCAUCACUGCAAUUUUUUUCGACAGUGGAAAAGCCAACCUGUGAUUGGGAGCUGCCCCACUGGAAACCUUCAACUGUUGGCAGCCAUAUAUUUCACUGGCACUUCAUUUUUCCAGUUACAAAAGGUAUUGUUGUAG